CGGCGCGAUCCACCCCUCGAUGUUGAGAGACGCCGCGCUCGUGGUGGCCGGCGUGUGCAUCGCCUUGCAGGUGCAAACACUGCUCCGAGUUUGCCAGAAGAGGGAGACUUCGUUGCCGAAGGAGGACAAACCGGUUGGCCACGCGAAUGUCGCCGAGAUUGCCAACACAGCCGAUCCCCGUGCGCGUGGCGAUAUUGCAACCACACGGGUGGACAAACGCUUGACGUACUUGGAGAAGGAUCCCCGAAGUUCUGGCCUUCUCGUGUUGAUGCGCCAUGGGCAAUCGGUGUGGAACCGAAAACCCGCGCGCCCUGAUUUUGUCUGGCGAUAUGCUGGUACGGUGGACGUCCCGCUGUCCGAAGUUGGGAUGCAAGAGGCGCUGGAAGCAGGAGUAGCGCUGCAACACAUUCCGUUGGAUCUUGUCUUUUGCUCCGAAAUGGAUCGCGCUCGCAACACAGUGUCGCUAGCGCUGUCUGUCCAUGAAAGCGGCAAGACGCCGAUCGUCGUCCACUCCUCACCACUGGCCGCGCCAGAAUUCAACGACCUCGUCGAGCCCAACCCGACACAGUUUGUCCUGCCUGUGUACGUUUCGGCAGCGCUCAACGAGCGGCACUUUGGUUCGCUUCAAGGGGUUCCAAGCACCUCUCAUCCGCCCCACAUCAGCGCCAUUGUUCGCAACGAGUAUCGUAUCAAAUUUCCUGGUCCGAACGGCGAAAGUUGCGCCGACGUCGAGGCCCGAGUGUUGCCGUAUUUUCGCGAGUACAUUUUGCCCCAGUUGGCCUCGGGCAAGAACGUGCUCGUAUCCACGCAUGGGUUUGUGAUUCGGACUCUCAUCAAGGUGCUGGAAGGCCUAGACGACGAAGAGUACUUGGCCCAAAUGAACGUCGAGAAGGUCAAACCGGAAGCAUGCCGCCUGCUGGCCCCAACUGGGGUACCGCUCAUGUAUGCAUUCGAACACGGCGACUGUGCCGGCGGUAGAUUAGUUCCCGUUGUGGACGAAAACAGGCGCGCCCGUGCGAAAUCCAUUGCCCGGAGCCAAAGUAAAGACUCGCUGCACUGAUCUUGACACACGGCGGUAUUUUUCAACUAGCUAUUCGUCCGCCGUCGCGGAUUCCAG